AUGCGAGACGGCUACAGAAACGAAAUGUUCUCCUCCAUGAUCGCCGAUGUCAUUGACGGCCACUCCGGCGUCCUCUUCCAAACCGAAAGAAACUCGCCCGAGCAGCAAGAACAGCGCAUCUGGGAACUCGACAGCGAGGAAGAAUCUCCCACCGAAGACGAGAAGCAAAAGAAAAAGGCAAAGAACAAGAAAAAGUACUUGCGCAAGAAGGAGAGGGCUCAAGCUGAGAAGGCUGAGCUCGAGCAGCAAAAGGCCGGUACGAAGGAGGAUGUCGCAAGCGGUCUUGCUGGCUUGUCUGUUCAGGACGAUGCUACCCCUAGCAUGGACGAGGAUCACAGGUCGAGCGGCGCCGAUGCCAACACCACUGGAAUUCCAACUCCUACUCAACCCAAGCUCUCGAAGCGCCAGAAGAAGACUUUGCUCAAGAAGGCCAAGCAAGCCCAGAACAAAACCCUUGCCCCUGAGUCCACUCGUUCUUCCAACACUGGCGACUGUACCUCUGAUUCCAGCGCUCUCAACUCCAAGAUUCCCAAGGACAAUGAGAACGAGAAGGAGAUCAAGAUCAAGAUCAGUAGCAAUGGUCACAAGGAGUCAGAGCACGAGGACAUGCAGAAGUAUGUCGCUACUGAGUCUGAAGUCGAGGCUGUGUUGGAAACUGUCGCAAAGCGUUUCGGUCAGUGA